UUCAUUAUUUUUGAAAUCUGAAUCUCCUAUGAUCCAUUAAUUAUUAUUUACAUAGAUGACACGUAAGUGGUUUACACUUUAUACACUAAUGCAGUUUAUUAUUUAUAUUUCACGCGUAAACACUCAACUCAACGCUCUGCCCAAAAUUUAAAAUUUGUACUCGCUGUCGAACGGCCGCCACCGAAGUCUCGCGACUUGAUCGCCUCGCGCAGCGCAGCGCUGCGAUCGCGGAUUCGGUCCGAGCCGUCCGAGGUCCGAGUCUACGCGAGCCCCGCGCCCAGUGGUCAAGCGGAUGGCAGCGGAGUGGGAGUGUGUCAAUCGUGUUAUCCGUGAUGGAUGAAGUCACGACGAGCGAUCCAGGAGGUGGGGAAGGUAGAGGAACGUUAAUAUGCGCCGGUUGUCUCAAUGCCAUCGAAGACGAAUUUAUACAGGCAUUGAACCAAGAAUGGCAUAUUGAUUGCUUUCGGUGUUCAGCAUGUGACAUCAGCCUAUCCUCCUGGUACUUUGAGAAGGAUGGCUUGCUGUUUUGUAAGGAUGACUAUUGGGCUGCUUAUGGCGAGGCAUGUCAGGACUGUGGUCAGAUCAUCACGGGUCCCGUUAUGCUGGCAGGUGACCACAAGUUUCAUCCGGAAUGUUUUGCUUGUACCUCGUGUGGUGCUUUCAUUGGAGAUGGCGAGAGUUAUGCGCUUGUCGAGCGGUCCAAGUUGUACUGCGGCAUUUGUUACAAACGGCAAAUGCAACCAAUUAACAGGGCGGCGAACUACCCUUUCGCCAGGAAACCACAUAGCAUCAGGCUAGUCGAAAUACCCCCUAGCACGACAGAUCCAGAUAAACAAAGAGGAAUCAAACUCACGUUAGACACAGCUCCCAGUCCCCGAAGUUGUGGUGCUUUAUUGCGCAUCUCAGAGUUAAUGAGAAAUAUUCGUGGAAAGAUCAGUAAGCUGCUAGCCUCUGUGAUGGAGGUUCUAUUUAGGCUAUGCUGCCACUUCUCUAAUCAUAGAUUGAACACGUCAAGCGAUCUUAUAUCGUUACAUAUUGGUGACCGAAUCUUGGAAGUAAAUGGGACCCCCGUUAAAGAUCAGCCGGUGGAAAGUAUCGAAAAUCUCAUACAAUAUUCGGACACAGUUUUACAAUUGACUAUCGAGCACGAUCCAGAUGCGGUAUCACGACGGCCUACGUUCUCCUCACCGUCCUCUGCGACGCUGACAUGUGUCGGUAGUCCCAGGACAAGUCCCGAAAGCAAAGAACGGCUGUUUAAGCGCCGGGACGAGGGUUACAUCAGCGGUGCGCGGAGCCGACAAUUACGAAGAACGAGAGAUCCUAUGCAUAAAGAACGCAGCAGUUCUAUGUCGCGAUUGCUUGACGGAUCUUCUCCAACGAAUCCUACUUACGACUUGAGUCGCACCAGAUCCUUCCGCGUAGAGCCAAAGAAUCAGAGAAUAUUUCGAGCGAGUGAUCUGGUGAAGGGCGAGCUUCUGGGUAAAGGAUUCUUUGGACAAGUAUUCAAGGUCACGCAUCGCGAGACGGACGAGGUGAUGGUUCUCAAGGAAUUGUACAGAGUGGACGAGGACGCCCAAAAGAACUUCCUAAAAGAGGUUGCGGUGCUGCGGUCAUUGCACCAUAACAACGUUCUUCGAUUUAUCGGUGUUCUUUAUAAGGACAAAAAACUGCAUUUGGUUACCGAAUACAUAGCAGGUGGCACAUUAAGGGCCCUGCUUCACGAUACGAACGAACCAUUGCCGUGGGAACAGCGUACAUCUUUCGCGAAAGACAUCGCUGCCGGCAUGGCCUACUUGCAUUCUAUGAACAUCAUUCAUCGCGAUUUGAAUUCGCACAAUUGUCUCGUUCGCGAAGAUAAAACUGUUGUCGUCGCCGAUUUUGGUCUGGCAAGGAUUAUUCAGAAUGGCAGCUCGCCAGAUAAUCGCAAAUACAAUCGACAUUCCGAUGGAGAGGUGAAGACUUCAAGGAAAGAACGGAAGAAACGAUAUACAGUUGUCGGAAAUCCUUAUUGGAUGGCUCCCGAGAUGAUGAAAGGUAAUAAGUACGAUGAAAAAGUGGACAUAUUCAGCUUCGGUAUCGUCGUCUGUGAAAUCAUAGGUCGAGUACAGGCAGAUCCUGAUUAUUUACCGAGAUCCUCGGAUUUUGGUUUGAAUCAAAAUGUCUUCAAGGAAAAAUUCUGUUCCAAUUGCCCAGAAACCUUUUAUAUGAUCGCAUUUCUUUGCUGCGAUUUGAAUCCUGAUAAGAGACCGCCGUUUGAAGUUAUGGAAGUUUGGCUAGAAGGGCUGGCUAUGCAUUUAUCGGUAGGGGCUGAAUUGCCAGCAGAUCUAGACUUUGACAUCAGAAAUUAUAAAGGACCGAGUCCGAGCAGCAGUGAAUCCACGACUCCAGAAACUCUGGCACCGCAGUUGAAACCUAUUAAAGAAGGCCAGAUACAUCAAGAAAAAAAGCGAUCUAGUGGUUGCGAUGACAGUACUUUAGAACGUGAAAUAGAGCCUUUGUCGGGUAACACGCUUCACGUGCCUGAAGUCGUAAGUCCGCGUAACAGGUACACGAGACAAAAUAGCAAGAGCAGCGACAGUUCGGGUAAUAUAGGACGUUAUUCCAGACAAAAUUCUAAAUCAAAAGACUUUGUAUCCGACAAGGAGAAGCCUGAUAUCGUGAUCUCACCCGAUUCCAGUGGUUUUAGUGGACGAUAUCUGAGAAACAACAAUAUCAAAUCGAAAGAUACGUCUCCUGACAUUCCAAAUACUUAUUCGAAGCAGGAGAUAUACCCGAAACAGAUUGACGCAAAUGAGCACAAUCUGACUCGAGUAUCUACCAUAGAAAAAAUAAAGUAUGUAGGAAGUGCGAGUCCGUGCGUAGUCCCCGACGCUUCGGAAUAUAUAAUCGACAGUAAAGGUUCGUAUAAGAUUAAUAGUCUGAAACAUAAAUCGGCGGAGAAAUGUAACGAUACAAGCGGUAAGGCAAAAUCGGAGAGCAAAUUCAAAAUACCGGAUGCCGCGGGCUCCGUUGGUUCCUAUCUAAAGCAAAUUGGUAAAUCUAUUAAUGUUAUGGAGAAAGAAACUAAAGCGAUUAAUAAUACGGCAAACUGCAGUGAUAUCGAUACGAAGAGAGUAGUCAGUGAAAGCACAAAACCCUCUGCUGGAUCGUAUCUGCGAAGGACGAAAAUAUCACCAACCAAGGAGACAUCAAAGAAUGCAUUUUCCAAUAAAGAGACUGGCAAAGAUAAAGUUGAUGGCGUUUCGCCUCUACAGAAAUCCGUAGAAUCAAAAGUCCCACCGAGCCAAGAGAUUGUUGUGGGAAACGAAAAGAACAUCAAAGAUAGACUGUCCAGACAAGAGAGCAACGUGUCUGAUGUCGGUAGUAUCUUGUCGAGACAGGGAAGCCUCACAGUAUUAGAUUGUACAUCUAAAUAUAAAGAUUACUCACCAUUCAAUACUUUCACGAAGGAUGAUUUUCGUGAAGAUCAUUCCUUUGGAAAGCAAAAUUCAGGCCUGCAUCAUACAGAUAGUCUUUAUUCGAACUCUAGUAUUUCAAAGCAAGAUGACCUCUUUGGUGUACAUAACAAACAAAACAUGAACGACGACAUUAUUGGAACUAAAUCGAUGGGCAACGGUCCGAAAAACCCCAUCAUGACUUCGUCUAUUUAUACUAGUGAUUUAAAGGCAACGCCAAAUAGUUUGGCCGAGUACAACGGAUGCUAUAAGGGUAUCGACAUCUGUAGACAGGACAGUUUCGGUUCCGACAGCGCACUUGGCACUAUGAAGAGCGAUUUUUUCGCGGAUGUUGAUUUUGCGCAGAUGAGAGACGGCCGACAUACGCCGGAUUUGUGCCAUACGCCCGAAAGAUGCUGCACGCCUAAUCGUCCGACGUCACCGAUAGAAAGUACCGCUUUAUAAAUCAAAAAUACGUACACGACAGGAAGAGAAUAACGGUUCGUGUCGAGAUAACGUGCGUAAUCCCCGACGAUGAAUGAAUCUCACUUGCUACUAAUUUGAUCUCUUUAUUCAUAAUUCAUAAACUUUAUUCAUUAAGGUUCGAACAUGUAACGUGCUUAGUUUGCAGUAUUAACUUUUUAGCCAGAGUUUACUUCGUCCAUUAUCUCUAGUGUACUGAGCGAAAAAAAGAUUCGUAUAUUGACUUUAAUGAGCGCAAUACUUUGAGUACAAUAUUUGUUUUUAAAAACUUCCUGAAAGGGAGACAUAUAUCUUUAUUUUAUUGUUGAAAUCAAAUUUGAAAUGUUUAAAAUUGAUGCAAGGCAAAUAUGAAACCUCGGGCUGGAGAUGUUCCCAUUAAAUGUAAAUCAAAAUGUUGUCUUGCUAAAGAAAGUAAUGAUAAUGCGAGUACUCAGUAUUAAAUUUAACUUGCUGAUUUAUAUGAAUUUUUAGAUUGUAAUGACGUCAGUUAAUUAGCCAUUAAGGACUAUUACAUUCCUAGGAGUUCUUGCCAUGCGGUUUUCAAAUGUAGGAUUUAAAGCGACAAAACGCGGCAAAAGCCAUUCCAUCCAAAAUACUUUAGAGCCGAGAUUUUAAUAAGUACGAUAUUACUAGUGUGCUCGAAAAAGCGACACUGUGAAUACAGUCGAUUUUGCAAGAUACAAAUCACACUACACGACUGCAGAAUCAAAAACCGUCAGAAGUACGAAGUUAGAAGUUAAACGUUUUAAAGUUUUGUAAGUCGAUGCAAAAUAUGUUUUCCCUGAGGCUACACGAUCAUGUACGUUUCCGUUAAAUUAUAAACACCAUCAUGUAGACUCGGUUCUUUGUAGAAUAGAAAAUGUAAAAAAUGGUGUUGUUUGUUUCAGGACAUACAGAUGUACAUCACAAUGUAAAAAUAUUGUAUACGUUUUAUAAUACUGCUUUAUAUGUACAGACCGAUUGAUAUAUUAUAUAUGUAUGUAUAUAUACGUGCAUAUAAAUAUAUACAAUACAUGCGACGUUUAUAUCUUCGUUACAUUCGCGCAACUGUUUUCGAUUUUGACAAGAUUAUGUGUAUAUUAAAAAUGAAUUAUAUUUAUGUAUUUUUUUUACUGACAUUGAUACGCUUCUUUUUUUUAACGAGGAUAUAAACGAUAGCAGUAGUAAGUAUCGUGUGUAUAAAAGAGCAAAUAAUUUGUAUAUAAUUUUGUAUAUAUCCAAAUAUUUGUAAUUUUCAGAACACACCGAUCGAGAUAUUUGAGUAACGAUAAGUUUUAUACUUGCAACAUAAGUAUGCAACUAAUUUUUCUUCCCAUAUUCUAUUUCGAAGUAUAUUGCCGUUCUUUUUUUAAAUCGCAUGUUGAUAUAGUUCAUGCUAUAGUUCAUGACGUUUAGAUGAAAUUAUAUGCUUUUAUAGAUACAGUUCCAAGCAACAAUUUUCAUGCUUAUAUUAAAAUAAUUUCAAGUUUCUUUUCAUUUUAUCACCAACAAAAUCAUUUCACAUUAGAUUGUAUGCAAAUAAUGCGAUUAUUUAUCUUGAUCAGAAAAUAAGUUUCUUUCGGAAACAGUUAUACAUUGAUUAAUAUAUUAUUUUAAAAAUAAACGUUUAUUACUUAUAUAAUAAUGGUAUUAUCAAAUUGCUUACAUCGAUAAUACAUUUCAUGAUUAGCCUUGCGAUCGUAUUCUUUUUUUAACUCAAAGGCUGCAAUUGGAUGCACGAAAGAAGCCCAAUCAAACAGUCUCGGUCUUUAUUUCUCUUUGUGUAUGUGACAUAUAAAGGGAACAGUAUCGCUAAAUGUUACUCGAUGAUAUCGCAAACGUUUAUCACGUAGAACAAAUUCCAAAAUAUCACUAAACGCGUGUCCAAUCAUAGAGACGGACGUUAUGUGCAAUAAUUGUAUGGCUUGCUGUAUGUACACGGUAGAGCUAGCCUAAGGGAUUAUUCACGGCUUGUCAUUAGUUGAUGAGAGCAAACUAAUUAGCGAGCUAAGGUCGAGCGCUUCGUGAAAUUGCAAGAUUACGUUGUGAAAAAGAAAAAAAUUCGCGUUCUCACGUCUGAACUCGAUUCCACGACGGGACGAUCUUAUACUCUAAUUAAAUAUGGGAUGAAGAGAGCAGAUGAUUACAGAUAUUCAGCGUUGAAUCUCUGCGGCGUGUUUGCCUAUUGCAAACGUAAACGGCUGUUUAAAAAACCGAUAGAAAAUGACAGAAACAUUAAACGUUAUUGAAAUUCUAUCUAAUGUUAUUACAGUUAUUGUUUCAAUAAGACACAUAUUUGAGUUAUUACAAAAAAGUUAUAUAUUUCUAUCAGUUCUUAAUAGUAUUUUAUUUAAACACUUAAAUACUUAUCUGAACGUGUUUUUCUAUACAACUUGUCGAGUUAUAUAUCUAAUCCAUUCUGAAAACUGAUUUGGUUUUUACAUAUAUUAAAAAAGAUAGAUAAUUUACAUAUGUGUGUGUAAAAAAUAUAUAUAAAAAACAAAAUUUAGAAUUAAAGUAUUAUGCAAUACAUAGUAAUAAAUAUACAUAAAUUAAAAACGUAGGAUAAUAUCAAUUUCGACAAAACACGAUCAGAUAAAUAAUUAUUAAAAAUGAUUAUUAAAUUGUAUGAUAAAUAAUAUAAAAAAGAUAACAAAUAUGAUAUUUAUAAAUCAAAAACAUGAUAGGAUUGUAUGAAUUUCUUAUCUAAUUCUAUCGGAUUUUUUAAGCAGGUGAGGAAGCGAUUGGAUAAAUCAAAACCUAAGGAGUAGUACAUGUCUGAAAAUAUGCGUAAUUAAUUGUCGCGGAUCGCUUGGAAACUUUUAAUAAUGCGAGAGAAAAUGGAGUUUAUAAUCGCAGGGGAUGACAGUAUUAACAUUACUCGCUACAUAUUGUUGCUUGGUAGUGGAUGUGUACGUUUGCUAUCGUAACUCUUUAACACAUAGUGGGCACAAAGAUCGCGAUUAAGACCUAAGAGAUAUCUGUGGAAUGAGUAAACAUUAUUUUUAUAGCUCCUGUAAAUUUUUGAUAGCCAACACGACCAUCGAUAGAUUGAUAUACAGGGUGCCUGGAUCAUUAGCGCGUUAAUUCGUAAAAACUAAUUAAAGCCGUAAUGAUGAGGCAUCCUAUAUAAUCCCCGAUUGUUUAUAUUUUUAUUCUCUUUCCUGUAAAUCUAUUCGUUUCAUGGUCUGAUACGUAGUUUCGAGCAGAUAUUUUUUAUAGAAGUCAUAGAGAGGAAGAGAGAAAACUCUAUAAUAUCUAAUUGACAACAUAAUUUUGUACACGGAAAGAUAUUCUUGUAAUUAUUGUCGGCCUAAUUUCGCAUAGAAUCCCGCGGUAAUUUUUCACAUGCAACUUCCGACUUUGUAACCGAAUUACGAGUUAUUUUUUUACAUAAAGGUGCGGAUCUGAAUUUAAACGUGGUGCCGCGAGACACAAUAAUUGUUUCAUCGCGCGCGAUAUUUUGGGUCUCUCUCUAUUUAAUGCAAUACUCACCUAAUUAAUAAUUAAUAUCGAUACCAUUGCUGUAACCAGGCGAACAUCGGAAAAUUCAGCACGAUGCGAAAAGAUUGGCUGGCAAUAGAAAAAAAAAGGGAAAUGAUCUUGAGGAGGACAUUUUUACAUUCAUUGGUGGCACAUGAACUCAAAAUCGUCCUGAAAUCAUCGAAUUCCUAAACAGGAGCAAUGAUUGCGUUAUCGGCCACACACGAGACUGUAUAUAUUGUUUUACACGAGUGGGCGGACGAGAUCGAAAUGCGAUUCCGAGAUAUUCGUCCGCUGUCACGACAAACAACGGCGUAUAUCUCGAUGACGAUUAGUUUCUACGUCGACGAUCUACUCGGCGACAACAGAGAACGAACGGCAGACGUUUUUAUACCACUUUCAGUGCGUAUUCGUUACCCGUAAAAGUUUACGAAUGAGUUUUCACGCAGAGUUCUAUAUGUGAGACAAGUGUUUUAUUUAACAUUCCGAUAACUUAGCGAAAAAAAAAAAUACAAAAUAAACCGUUGACAGUAUA